AUGGGAGAAGGCUGUGAAAUUACAGAUUUACAGGGAUAUUUAGUCUAAGUUUCAUUAGCAGUUAUUUGCUUCUUGAUUUUGAUAUAUAAAAGACAUAAAGAGAGACCUAAAAGACUAUGGAAAAUUUGGACUUUGGAUAACUCAAAAUAGGGUGUUUCUGCAUUAGUGGCGCAUAUGUUGAAUGUAUUACUUGCUGUAACAUUAAGUGGAGAAUCUGAUUUAGAUGCAUGCAAUUGGUACUUUGUUACUGUUUUGUUUGACACAACACUUGGAGUUUUUAUUUGCUUUAUAAUCCUAUCAAUAUUUGAGAAAUUGUUUGAUAGGUAUCAUUUAGUGAAAUUCAAGACAGGAAAUUACUUCAAAGUGAUCAUACCAGAUAAUGGAAGUGGUUAGAAAACUAAAAAAAAGAGUAGAGAGGAUGAAAGCAAUAUACAUUUGUUAAAGCCAAUAGUAAAAAUAUCAUAUUGUGUUUGGCUUUCUUAACUCAUAAUUUGGAAUCUUAUUGUUGUUAUUUCUAAAUUUUUUUUAUAUGGACUUUAAUCUGGAAUCUCACCAUAUCUUUAGCCUAUUAUCAGCUGGAUGUUUAGUUUCUUAGAAUCAUUUGUUAAAUUGAAGCUCAUUAUAGUUAUGGUAAUAGUUCCAGCUAUUUUGAAUGCAAUACAAUUUUGGAUUUAAGACAAUUUUUUGAAAAAGAACGAUUUCAAUUCCAUGGAAAAAGAAUAUGUGGCUUGCCAAAUUUAUGAAAAUGAAGAGUCGUAAGAUGAUACAAUAAGAAGAACUUAAAAUGAUUUGUAAAUGGCCCCAACUCAAACAAAGCCAUCAUCAAGUUCACCUGGUUAAUUUAAUUAUGAGCAAAAAGAGUGA